AUGAUAUGUCGGACACCAUCUUGUGAGAGUGAUGCUCUCACUCUGGUGAACACCCCUUCUACAAUAGCCUCGCGGAACGGCCCCAAAGCUACCCGGUUGAAAAAGCCGGCAACCGAGGUUUCCAAAGCUACCAACGCCGUAAUCAGCCAGUCAACCGUCCCACGGGCAAGCGGACUCACAUCCAUUUGGCACAGUGUGCUCAGCACUCAUCUGGCCAGAUUAAAGCCAGCCGACAAGGUUUUCUGCAACCCAUUACCCCUUGAUAUUACCCUGGAUAAGGAAACACUACGGAAGAUUUUCGAACCGCUCCAGAAGAAAUACAAGAAAGCUCUAUUUCAACGAUUCAUCGACCGCAUCAACCUGAUCGCCGGGCAUAUACUAUCGUUUGGUAAAGCUGUAGAUGUGGCAAUAGGGAGUGGCGGGCCGUUCGCUGCCGGCGCAAUUUGGGGAGGGAUCCGGGUCCUGCUCGCGGUCACAACACGCACCAUUUUUAUGCAUGAAAAGAUAUUGGACCAACUAGAAGCACUUUGCGGCUACCUCCCUCUAUUCGACCGCUGGUUGAAACUAUUCCCUGCCUCUGACUACACGGAACUUGCGGAGUGCAUUGAAAAGACUUGCUCGGAAUAUCUCUUUUUCAUUGUUGAGUCGAUUCUCUUCUUUCGAAGGUGGCCAUGUGUCUCUCCGGGCCUCGAGAGCCGAUUCUCCACAUGCGAGGCAAAAAUCAAGCACCAGACUAAGGACCUUAAAUGGCAAAUUCAGACGGCAGGUUUAGAGGCGGCGCAGAAGCGAGGCGACAGUAUCCUCACGAUUCUCAAGGACACUGCGGCGCUACCAAACAGUUCUUCUAACAUAUUUCCGUUCCGAUUCGUCCAGAACUGCCCCCGAAACAAUUCCUUCUUCGGGCGAGAAGAAUGCAUGGAUGAGCUUACCUCGCUUUUUCGUGCUGGUGCCUUCGGCAAUCCUCCUCGAACGACCGGCGUUGUCAUACAUGGAUUUGGUGGUUGUGGGAAGUCUUCCAUCGCGAAGGAGUAUAUGUAUCGACAUUUCGAGACUGGAGAGUAUGCUGUCAUGCUAUGGUUCCACUCGGACACAGCGGCAAAGCUGGAGACGCAAUUUAUUCAGCUCGCCCGAAAGCUAGGCGUUAAAACCAAUGAAGCUGAAGCGCGCGACGCAGCCCUUCACUGGAUCAAUCACCUUGGUGAGUAUCGACGAGAAAGCUUGUGGGCGUUCAUACCUUACCUUAAAUUAGAGAAGCCGUUCCUCAUUGUCUUCGACAAUGCCGACGAUCCCUCCUUCCUACCCUCGUUCUGGCCUUCGUCCAUCCACGGCUCCAUCAUCAUCACCAGCCGGAACCCUACCGCGCAAGAAGUCAAUUUGGCACAGCAUGGCAUUCAUCUCAAAGCGUUUAGCGAAGAUACAGGAACGGAGUUUCUGAUUUCUAUACUGAAGGAUAGGCAUCCAUUGACCACUGAUGACUGCGACGCGAUUGAGUCAUUGUCUCGAUACUUCGGCGGUCUUCCUUUGGCUCUGCGCCAAGCAGGCUCAUUCAUGGUCCACAAGAAAUGUUCUCCAUCGCAGUUCAAGCGGCUAUAUCAGUCCCGAUUUGAGGAGAUUGACGGUUACCAGAUUGCCGAGUACGACAAAACGGUGGCGGAUGUCUGGACCAUGUCGUCAAGCGCCUUGUCUGACGAUGCACGGACUAUCUUGGAUACACUCUCCCUUCUUGAUCCAGACUCAGUCCCCAUGGAGAUAUUUGAAGUGGCAGACAUCGAACAUCCGCAUGGCGAAUUUCUCAAGGACCCACUUCGUGUAUUAGAUGCACAAGAGGAUCUAGCCAACCAAUCUCUCGUGGACCAUGAUCAAGCUAGCGGUAGCCUCAGCAUCCAUCGCCUAUUUCAGGAGACCACUUUUCGGAAGUUGAAGAAGGAUGGAAUGAGGCUUCAAAACAUCCUGCAUUUCGCGGUCAGCCUGAUACACAAGUUUUCGCCUGAAAUCGAUCUCGAGCAUAUCCGUAGCCCAAGCCACUGGAAGCCAAUAGAGAGGAUACUGAGCCAUGUGCAAAGUGUAUACCAUCGGUGCAAGCAUGCAGUUACGGAGAAAGAGGCAGUCAUCCUUCUCAAACUCAUGGUGAAAGUCCUGAACUACGGUUUUGAGUCAUCGCAGUUCGCCCUUGGUGACGAGGCAUUCGAGAAUGCACAGGAACUACUCCAACAUAUGUCCAACCCUGAUCAUGAGAUCCUUGCUCUUCUGUACUUUGUGCACUGCCGCCUGUGCUGCGAAACGAGUCGUCCAAGACAAGCGGUGGCCGAAAUUGUCCAAUCCCGUGAGCAUAUUGAGAGAGCAGCCAAGAGCAACCCAAGCCUACUCAAAACUCCUCUCUAUAUCAGAAUCCUUUCCAACCUCGGAAUCACUCACGCGGCUGUAGAGUGCUUCGACGAAGGGGAAGGGUUCCACCUCGAGGCCAUUGCCUGCUGCAAACGCCUCAAGAUGGAACGGGAAUGCAGCAUGGGGAACCUACUGCAGAAUCUUGGGGGUUGCUAUCUCUGGAGUGGUAAACUAGACGAGGCGAAGAAGGUGCUCGAUGAAGCCCGCAAGGCACCUAAUACAGCACCGGAGGCAGCGGAUUACACGCUUGGAAACUGGAUGAUAAAGAAGAGGCGGUGGCAUGAGGCUGUGGAGCUUCAUCAAAAUGUCCUGAAGGCAUAUGCGAGCCACCUCGGGCAGAAGCAUCCGGUGACGGCAGACUCCUGGCACAAAAUGGGAUCUCUUUUCGCGAUUUCAGAAUACUCGGACGGCGACACAAAGGAAGCGGAGUAA